AUGGCGUCCUCCAUGGCCCCGUCCUCCAGCCGGAGGGCUUUCAACGAGGACAACGCGCGCUUCCUGCUGCUGGCGGGGCUGAUCCUGCUCUACCUUCUCGGGGGGGCGGCCGUCUUCUCGGCCCUGGAGCGGCCCAGCGAGCAGGAGGCCCAGCAGCGCUGGCGGCGGAGGAUGGAGGACUUCUCCCGGGGCCACGGCCUCCCCCCCGAGCAGCUCCGCGCCUUCCUGGCCGACUACGAGGCCGCCUACCUGGCCGGCGCCCGCGUCCUCCCGCUCCGGCCCCGGUGGGACUUCCCCGGCGCCUUCUACUUCGUGGCCACCGUCGUCUCCACCAUCGGAUUUGGCAUGACCACACCAGCUACCAUUGCAGGCAAACUUUUCCUGAUAUUUUAUGGCCUUAUAGGCUGUGCAGGAACCAUCUUGUUCUUCAACUUGUUCCUGGAACGCUUGAUCACAAUCAUUGCAUAUAUCAUGAAGUCCUGCCAUGAGCGACAGAUAAGACGGAAUGGGACCCUUACUCAAGACAUCCAGCAAGCCUCUGGGAAUGCUGAAGUGGACAGCUUAGCAGGAUGGAAGCCAUCUGUGUAUUAUGUCAUGUUGAUCUUGUGCCUAGCAUCGCUCAUCAUUUCCUGUUGUGCCUCAGCUAUGUACACACCAAUGGAAGGAUGGAGCUACUUUGAGUCUCUUUAUUUUUGUUUUGUGGCCUUCAGUACUAUUGGCUUUGGUGACCUGGUGAGCAGCCAGAAUGCCCAGUAUGAGAGCCAAGGCCUUUACCGAUUUGGCAAUUUCAUCUUCAUACUCAUGGGGGUAUGCUGUAUUUAUUCCUUGUUUAACGUGAUCUCCAUUGUCAUCAAACAGUCCAUAAACUGGAUAUUAAAGAAACUGGAAUGGACAUGCCAUAGAUGCCAGAGAAAACUCUUUCGGUCACGUAGGAAUGUUGUAGUGCCAGGGACUGCGCGGAACCAGCGCAACAUAUCCAUUGAAUCAGAUGGUGUCAUGGAGAGUGAUACAGAUGGGCGCAGAAUGUCUGGUGAGAUGAUCUCCAUGAAAGACCUCUUAGCCUCUAACAAAGUCUCACUAGCCAUCAUGCAGAAACAGUUGUCUGACAGUGCCAAUGGCUUUCCGAGACAGAUGAACAAUGCUCCUAGACAAAACGGAUUUGCUGGUGGUGUAGGCGCUUUAGGGAUUAUGAAUAACAGACUGGCAGAGACGAGUACAGAUAGGUAGACAUCAGCACUGGGAGUGCAUCAAUAAGUUCAGGUUAACUAAGGAUGAAAAGGCAUUCCAGAGAUAGAACGAGCUUUUUAAAAGAAGGAUGCCCAAUAGUGUUGCUGUUGCAUUUUGCAUCAUGGCACCAAUUUACCCAGACUGUUCUGGAGGCAUCAGGUCAUAUGCCUUUACAAGCUUGUGCAGUACAUGUUUAGUUGAGAUCUGAGUUUACAGGAGAGAAAUGAGUAGAGCAAAACCACAAGAUGCUAAUUUUUCUACACUGGGAGCUCAUUUCUAAAAGCUGCUUUGCUAACACAUAUCACCUCAGCUGUUUUUGCACCAAAGAGUAAUAGUGCUGGCAUGAGAGAGAACUUGCAUCCUUGAGCAGACACUGGGACUUGGUCUUUGCCCACAGCACUGGUGCAGCUGCUGGCAUUGGUUGUAGUGCUUAUCCAUUUCAUUAUCCUGAAUCUUAUUUGGCUACUUAUCCAGCUUAAUAUUUUGAAUGCUUUGGAUCCUUUGGAAUGCUAAUAUAAGUAGUGAGGGUGUCUUUGGGAAAGCUGGAUCCCCCCAUUAGACCAGUGCCCAUUUUUCACAUUACACCACGCCUUGCCUGAUGUCAAAAAGGCAUUCAUGGGAUAAGGAAACAAUGUCUGAUAGACCCAUUGCCAGUGCAGCAGAAAAUCCACUCUCUGUAUUUACAGUCACUCCUCCUGUAGUUGUUCCAGGUAACAUGGCAGUCAUAUCUUUGCUGGGCCCUUUCCCCAAUAGAGAAUUGGUACUAGGACAGCUCCUGAACAACCUGGAGCAGCUGUGAGAGAAGUCAUAAAACUCAGAGGCCUAAAUUCUGUUUUAGUCCUGACUAGAAUAGCUGUAUUGGCGGGUUCCAG